AUGCGUGUCAAGACCCGCUUCCUAUACGGUGUUCCGUUUCUUGUCUUAUUAUCGAGCUUAUUAUGGAACGAAAAAUUCGCCUAUUAUUAUUUGUCGAAAACGUGGCAAAUCCAAAAAAUCGACGGAAACUGCCAAAAAUGGCUUUUGGUCGCCGAUCCGCAACUCAUCGGCUAUCGACGCGAGAAAUUCGGAUGGCUCGCGAGAUGGGACAGCGAUCGCUAUUUGGCGACGGGUUUCGACUACGCCAAAUGGCAAUUUGCGCCAAACGCUUUCAUAUUUCUUGGCGAUUUGUUUGACGAGGGUCUCGACGCGAAUGAUGAUGAAUGGAAUGAAACGUAUGAGCGGUUCGUCAAAAUUUUCCCAAUUGAUGCCAAUGAGACGGUAAUUUAUAUUGCUGGCGAUAAUGAUAUUGGCGGAGAAGCGGAAUUAAUCAAUAAUGCGGCCAAAUCGAAAUUUUAUCAUUAUUUUCGAAAUCAUGUCGAUAAAUUGAAGGCGGAUUUCACUAUUAAUGAAACUUAUCUUUUUGACAAUCCGAAUAGCAAACGAAUUGUUGAAGCUUACAACGAGCCAAUCGCCAGAAUCCUGUUGACCCAUGUGCCAUAUUUGAAUUCUGUAUAUAAGAGGAACCCUGUCGGCCAUCAAAUGGAUCUCAUACUUUCUUCACAUGAUCAUGAGAACGGCAUCUACGAAAUUCAAAGAUCGUCUCCUCAAGCUCUUCUGUUCUCGCGAAUCUCCGAAUCGUCUCCAUUGUAUAUAAAAACGAUUGGACCUGAUCAGCCGUUGGUUGAGAUUCGAAGUCCAACGUGCUCCUACCGAAUGGGCGUUCCGUACAUGGGCUACGGCGCUUUGACAAUAUGCCGGAAUCGUGGCGAGACCCAAGUGCAAUAUUCGGUUCUUUGGCUUCCCGCAAGAUUCUAUCAGCUUCUCUUAUGUCGGCCGACUCCGCCUAUUUGUUUAUGUGCCAAACAUUGGAAUAAUUCCGACAAUUCUAUGGAAUCGUCGAUUCAGCGAUACUAUCGAAUGAAUUAUACGAAUUGUCCGCCGUCGACAUUUCUAGAUAGUUCCGAUUUUCAAGCAACCGCUGCUCAUCUCCUAUCAAUUAUUGUGAUUCCGACGAAUUUGUUUGCCACGUAUUUGAUUAUUUAUAAAACGCCGCCGAAAAUGAGAUCCAUGCGGCCUGCGCUUCUACACAUCCAUAUAUGGUCGACCAUCUGCGAUCUUCUCACCGGCUUUCUCGUCGUUCCCUACGUGUUCUUCCCAUUAUGCACCGGCUACGGCGCCGGCAUUCUCACCAUAUUUCGUGUCGCACAACCGUUUCAAAUCUACACGAAUGUGACGUCGAUUGCAGGCGUUGGAAUGGGCAUUCUAUUUCUGUACGAGAAUCGUCAGAACAAUCUGGUGCAGAAGAGCGUGUGGCGGAUCGGAAGCAAACGCGCGCGUCUCGUUUUCGUCGUCUCGAACUAUGCGUUUCUGCUCACCUACACACUGCCAGCGUUUUCCAAUAUUCCCGAACAGGAAUCGGCGAAAAUCAUUCAAUUACAGAUCAUCCCUUGUCCGGCUUCCGACUUCUUCAACGACGAUGUCUUCGUGCUCCAAUUGACGUCGACGCUCAUCGGUGAGCUCAUCGGCCUCGCGAUGCUCGUCAUCGUCGCUCAAAUCGGCUUCUUCCUCUUCCACAGCUUAAUCUAUUUGACGAGCGCCGCGCGAACGGCGACAUUAUCGGAAAGAACGCGCAAAAUGCAGAAGAAAUUUUUGCGAUCCGUCACAUUUCAGGUAUCGAUUCCGUUCACCGUUUGUGCGAUUCCGGUUGGCUACACAAUUCUUACGAUAUUCGCCGAUUAUUAUAAUCAAAAACUCACAAACAUCUGCUUCAUAAUGAUUUCAUUGCACGGCUUUCUCGAAACGUGCUGCAUUCUCGUUCUAUAUCCCGACUAUUGGAAAGCGACGCUAAGAAUUUUGAGAGUCGAAUCGAUCACACCGACGAAGACGCUGAAGAACGCGUCGAUGGUCACGAAUUCAGUGAUCGCAUUUUGA